ACGUGUGAGUAGAUGAGUGGCGACUGCAUGAUGGCCUCAAAACAUAUAUCUCCCAAGAAGUAUAUAUAUCUGCAGCUGUCUUAAAACUAGUGCAGUGUGAAAUUUGUGGGAGGGAGUGAGCUUCAAAGGGAUAAUAUUAUCAUCAAAUCUAGAGAGAGAGAGAGAGAAAAUGGCUUCUGCAUCCCUCCUCAAGUCGUCGCCGGUUCUUGACAAGUGGGAGUUUGUGAAGGGACAGCCCCUCCUCCGCCAGCACUCCGUGGCCGCCGUCCGCUACCAGCCGUCCGCCCUCACCGUCCGUGCCACCUCGUACGCCGAUGAGCUUGUUAAGACUGCGAAAACUGUUGCCUCCCCCGGGCGAGGAAUCCUGGCGAUGGACGAAUCGAACGCGACGUGCGGGAAGCGUCUGGCGUCGAUUGGGCUGGAGAACACGGAGGCGAACCGGCAAGCCUACCGCACGCUGCUGGUGACAGCCCCCGGUCUGGGUCAGUACAUCUCCGGCGCUAUCUUGUUCGAGGAGACUCUCUACCAAUCCACCGUCGACGGCAAGAAGAUCGUCGACAUCCUUGUUGAGCAGGACAUCGUGCCCGGGAUCAAAGUCGACAAGGGUCUUGUUCCCUUGGCGGGCUCCAACAACGAGUCCUGGUGCCAGGGACUCGACGGCCUCGCCUCCCGCUCCGCUGCUUACUACCAGCAGGGUGCCAGAUUCGCCAAGUGGCGAACUGUUGUGAGCAUCCCCAACGGCCCCACUGCACUCGCCGUCAAGGAAGCUGCAUGGGGCCUUGCUAGAUAUGCUGCUAUCUCGCAGGACAACGGUUUGGUCCCCAUUGUUGAGCCCGAGAUCUUGCUUGAUGGUGAACACUCAAUCGAGAGAACAUUCGAGGUUGCCCAGCAGGUCUGGGCUGAGGUUUUCUUCUACUUAGCAGAGAACAAUGUCUUGUUUGAAGGAAUUCUAUUGAAACCUAGCAUGGUCACCCCUGGAGCCGAGAGCAAAGACAAGGCCACCCCCGAGAAGGUCGCCGACCUCACUCUCAAGCUCCUCAAGAGAAGGAUACCUCCGGCCGUCCCCGGCAUCAUGUUCUUGUCUGGAGGACAAUCUGAAGUCGAGGCCACCCUCAACUUGAACGCGAUGAACCAGGGCCCCAACCCAUGGCACGUGUCCUUCUCGUAUGCACGAGCCCUACAGAACACGUGCCUCAAGACGUGGGGAGGGAGGCCCGAGAACGUGAAGGCGGCUCAGGACGCCCUCCUCCUCAGAGCAAAGUCGAACUCGCUUGCCCAACUUGGAAAGUACACAGGAGAGGGCGAGUCCGAGGAGGCCAAGAAGGAAUUGUUCGUUAAGGGAUACAGUUACUAAGCUGUUUUUGUGUGGUGAAUGUCUUGAUCAAGAUAAUGGGGAAAGUAUCACCAAAUAUUUGAUUCUAGCUUAUGAUGAUGGCCAUAGCCCUUGUACAAUACUUUCUCUUGUUGUUUGUAUUAUCACACUCUUGGAUUUGUGGGAGUUAUCCAGUUAAUCAAUCAUAUUUCAAUA